AUGAAAAACAAGGAUUAUAGAAUUAUUCAGAAUUCCUCGCAAUUAACCCUUGAUUCCCUUAAAGCCCCCUAUUACCAUAUGGGUAAGGCCUGCUAAUUUAAUUUUUAUGAAUUGGACCCCCAAAUAUAAAAUGAAUUGUAGUUAGAUGAAUCAAAAUAAGUUGUUUGUCCUGUUUGUCAUAUUAAGGGUCAGUUGUAAUUAGAUGUGACUUACAUGUAAAAUGAAUUAAAAGAUGAUGAAACCUAAUGGGUUGUUGAGAAAUCCACUCAAUAGAUGUUGAGGAUGUAGAAAUCAACUUUCACUCAUUCAUUAAUUAGCUAGUAACAGGAUGUAUUGAAAUUAUAACAGGAAUUCAAUUCAAAAAUGCUUAAUAACAAUAAGUUAUCCUUGGAAUUUAUUGAGAAGUUGAAUGCAGAUAGAAAUAAUGAAAUCUUUCAAAUCUAUCGUGGAAGCUUCCGAAAUACAACUCCUACUUUAAUAGGGAUUAUUAAUUUUAAAUUAAUUCUAUUUUAUCACCUUUUAAAAUUAAAAUUUGAAUUUGAUAUCUAUGAUAAUACUGAUAAAAACAAUUGCAUUAAGUUGGAGAAUAAAGAUUGUGACUCAGUUAAAAUAAGUGAGGUCACUUUGAUUAAUAAUUUCAUUUAUUUGAUUAUUUAACAAGAAAACGUAUCCUAAUUAUAUCGAGGAAGCCUUCAAUAAUUUUAAAAUUAGAAAGAACCCAUAUUUUAUAUUGCAGAAAUGCCUGGAUAUACAUUAUUGGGAAGCUCGAGAUUAUUCAAAUGUCAAAGAAAUCUAUUGAUGAUUGGAAAUCAAGGCUCGAUAAUUGUAGAAGACCAAAUAAAUGAGAAUGUUGAAAUGAAUGAGAAGAUUAAAAUUCCUGAAUUAAAUGAAUUAACUUAGAUAGGCGAAAUAUUUGAUUCACAAAUCUUGCUUGCAGAUUUAAGAUAAGCUAACUUAUAAGGGAUUGGUUCCCUUAUUGAGUUAAAUAUUUCAGUGACUUAAAUCAAACAAAUAAGAAAUUAUUGUUUCAGUGUUCCUAAUAAGAAAGAUAUUGACUUUUCUUUGAUUCAUGACAAUUGCUUCUAUUUACUGAAUAGUGAGAGUUUGAAUAAAACAAAAGCGUAAGUCAAAUACUUUUUGCCAGGCACAGACAACAAUUCAUUAUCAAGCACAUUCAAUAUUAUUAAUCAUCAUAGUUAUUUGAAAGUAAUAAUCAUGCCCACUACUAAAUUUAAAGUUGGAAGUGUUAGCUGUGCUUUGGUGGGGUUAACGUUCCAAAACAGUUAAACUGCUUUUCCAGGCGUAUUGGUGUUUAAUGAUAUGGAGAAAAAAAUUGAGAUUGAGCUUAUAUGA